GUGAUGUUGUGAUGUGACUGCGGAGUUUCCGCCAGCGGCUCUAAAGUUUGUAUAUGAGACGGUAGGUUGAAGGCAAAGCAUGUCGCUAUAUAAUCAGGCAUGGCAGGGGUCAACCUACAUCUUAACGGCUCCCUUGGCUGCGUCUUCGUAGGGAUCCUAUUCGCUCUCUUGCUAUAUGGUAUUACUUGUGCUCAAACAUUGUACUAUGCAUGGCAUUACAGGGACAAUAAAAUUACCUUGAAGGUCCUGGUAGCGGUUCUAUGGAUGCUGGAUACGGCCAGAACGUGUUUUGAUUCACAGUUCCUCUGGUAUUAUUUCAUCAAAAAUCGAGCCAAUCCGUAUGGACUUGAGACCAUUGCGAAUACGUUUCCAGUGGAAUACAUUCUUGCAGACCUUGCUAUUGUCCUUGUGCAAUGCUUUUUCAUGUACAACAUCUGGAAAUUAUUAGCGGGCAAAUGGUACAGGAUUCCCUUAUCUGCGAGCGCACUCUUGCUUUCAUUAAUGUCACUUGCGGGUGGCCUCGGUGUAGUUUACAAAGAGCAACAUGACUCGAAGUUCCAGGGAACCAUUGGAUCGUCCACGGCUGAGGCGACCGUCAACAGUGUGUGCGCCUUCGUCACGGAUGUCUACAUCACCGUAACUCUCUGUUUGGUGCUGCGGGGACAGAGUUCCGAGAUCAAACGUACACAGCAAAUGCUCUCCAAGCUGACUAUCUAUGCAAUCAAUCGAGGAGUCCUUACUUCUGUGGUACAGAUGCUGGUAUUCAUUCAAUACAAAAACAAGGGGAAAUCGCUGCUAGCGGAGUUGUUCCACGCGCCGUCAAGCACACUAUACGUGAACACGUUCCUUGCCAUCUUGGACGUUCGCCAGCAUCUCAAUAAGGGUGACGUUGCCUUCACUGAAUCCGUCUUCGACGGCGUGCAAGCUACGCAUAACCCGCCGAGCUCUGACCUUGAAGGGUGAUAUCACUUCUUUAUAAUUUGUGGUGAUCAUCUGCGGCCUCAUGUAUGUUGAGCCCGGACAAGAGCGCGAUGCUGUCUUCGUGCUUCAUGCUCUUCACGGCCUGUUAUGUGCUUCGUGUCCAUGUUGAUGGUUAUGCAGGAUCUCGCCAAACCAUCAUUUCAUCUAUUUUGAACUGUUGAUGAUAUUUUGAUACGACUCCAGACUCGUAUAUGUAUUCUACCGGGGAAAGUCAUGUCUGAC